CCAGAUCGCCCCACAGGGCUUUCGCCACCGGCCACCCGGCCGCCCUCCCUUUCCCCUCCUGCACCUCCGCCCCAGGAAGGGAGCGAAAGCGCAACUCCGCCUCUCUUCUCCGAGGAACUCCAGAACGGGGCUCCGCCAUCACGCCCGGCGGGACAAGAUGAAACCCGAUGGAAAGGUGGUGCUGCUGGGGGACAUGAACGUGGGCAAGACGUCGCUGCUGCACCGCUACAUGGAGCGGCGCUUCCAGGACACCGUCAGCACCGUCGGGGGCGCCUUCUACCUCAAGCAGUGGGGCCCCCACAACAUCUCGAUCUGGGACACGGCAGGUCGCGAGCAAUUCCAUGGCCUUGGAUCCAUGUACUGCCGAGGAGCAGCGGCUGUUAUUCUCACGUAUGAUGUAACUAACCUGCAGAGCAUGGUAGAACUUGAGGAUAGGUUCCUAGCAUUAACGGAUUCUGCCAGCCCAGAUUGCCUCUUCGUUAUUGCUGGGAACAAAGUUGACCUGACAGAUGCGUGUGCCUUUUUGCCAGAAUCAGAAGACAAACAUCAGUUUGAGAAGCCCCCCAACAGUUUCAUUUCUACAAAGGUGAAAAAACAAGUCCAUGUGAAUGAUGCCGUAGCAUUUUAUAGGAAAAUCCUCAAGUAUAAAAUGUUGGAUGAGGUAAAUGUCCCAGCAGCAGAAAAAAUGUGUUUUGAAACUAGUGCAAAAACUGGUUAUAAUGUGGACCAUCUUUUUGAAACUGUAUUCGAGAUGGUGGUACCAGUAAUUUUGCAACAAAAAGCUGAAGGCUUGCCACAAACUGUAGACUUAAAUAACUGCAAGACUGCUAAAAAGACACACUCUGGGUGCUGCAGAUAAAUUCUGAAUGCAAUUUUUUUACACUAAUUAAAGGACAUAAGUGUUGAAGUAGAUACAGUAAAGACAACAGUGCAAAAAUAACAAGGCAAACCAGAUAAACUGCAUCUUCUAUAAAAAAAUGGAUUUUUGUAAAAAUUAAAUGGUGCAACGAUGACAAAAACUUCUGUGAGGGGGGCUUGGAGACAGUUGUUUUGACCUUUAAAUCCCAUUGAUUGUGAUCCCCCCAUAUUAAAUUUAUGUUACUGUGUGCUGCUUUACACAUGAACCUUUAGUAUCUGUUUUGGCAAGAAUCUUUUGAUGUUGUUGCAUUCACUGUGUAGUAAGGAAGAGUUUUCAGGAAGGGGCUAGAUAUUCAUCAGCCACUUCACACCAUAUUUUUUUCAGCAAAAUAAAUAAUUUUCUUUGGAAUUGUAGCAAA